AUGAAGUCGAUCAUCAUUGCCUCUCUUGUCGCCUUGGCGAUUGCCGCUUCCCCGGCUUUCGACCGCACCUUCUCUCCAAAGAGCGAGUACGUCUACAAAUUCGAUGGACUCAUCCUCUCUGGACUCCCAACUACCUCUUCUGAUGCCUCCCAAACCCGUAUUUCAUGCCGUACUCGUAUUCAAGCCAUUGAUGACCGUUACAUUCACCUUCAAUUGACCGAUGUCACCUACUCUGCUGCCCAUCUCCCACAAACCGAGCAAUGGCCAAAGAUGGAGUCUUUGGAACACCUCGAGCUUUCUGAUGAGCUCAAGGAGCUUAUCGAACUUCCAUUCCGUGUUCAAAUGAGAAAUGGCCUCAUUUCUGAGAUCCAAUUCUCGACCGAAGACGCCGAGUGGUCCAAGAACGGAAAGAGAUCCAUCGUCAACCUUCUCUCACUCCACAGAUCUGCUCCAGUUGACGAGUUGAACCAAGAGGAGAAGGACAUGGAAACCGAGAAGGAUUCCCGUUUCUUCAAUGUUCACGAGAAGACAAUGGAAGGAGAUUGUGAAGUCGCUUACACCAUCGUUCAAGAAGGAGAGAAGACCAUCUACACCAAGUCUGUCAACUUCGACAAGUGCAUCACUCGCCCAGAAACCGCUUACGGACUUCGUUCCGGAUCUGAGUGCAAGGAAUGCGAGAAGGAGGGACAAUUUGUCAGACCACAAACCGUCUACACCUACACCUUCAAGAACGAACAACUUGAGCAGUCCGAGGCUCAUUCCGUCUACACCUUGAACGUUAAUGGACAAGAAGUUAUCAAGUCUGAGACUCGUUCAAAGAUGGUCUUUGUUGAGGAGAAGAAAUGGAACAAGGAGAUCAAGAAGGCCACUGGACCAAAGGAAGACAUUGUUUACUCUGGCAAAAACGAGAUGCUCAUCGAGCAAUUCUACCAACAAGGAGACAAGGUUGAGGUUAACCCAUUCAAGGUUAUCACUACCGAGCAAAAGAUGGAGCAACUCCAAGAGAUUUUCCGUCAAGUUCAAGAGCACGAGCAAAACACUCCAGAAACCGUUCACCUCAUCGCCCGCGCUGUCCGCGUUUUCCGUAUGUGCACCAUUGAUGAGCUCAAGAAGGUUCACUCCGCCAUCUACACCAAGUCUGAGGAAAAAAUCCAAUCUCUCAUUGAGAACAGUUUGGCUAUUGCUGGAACCAAGAACACCAUCCAACAUUUGAUCCACCACAUCCAGAAGAAGACCAUCUCCCCAUUGAGAGCUGCUGAACUCCUCAAGUCAAUCCAAGAAACCCUCUUCUCCAGUGAGCACAUCGCCGAUCUUCUCAUCGAACUCGCCCAGUCUCCACUUGCUGAGGGAUACGAGCCACUUCGUCAAUCUGCUUGGCUUGCCGCCGGAUCCGUUGUCCGCGGAUUCGCUUCCAAGACUCAAGAUCUUCCAUUGGCUCGUCCAGCUACCCGUCAACUCAAGGAGAAGUACGUCCGCGUCUUCAUGCAACACUUCCGCAGUGCUGAAUCCACUUACGAGAAGGUUCUUGCUCUCAAGACUCUUGGAAACGCUGGAAUCGACAUGUCCGUCAACGAGCUCGUCCAACUCAUCCAAGACCCACGUCAACCACUUGCUAUCCGCACAGAAGCCGUCGAAGCCCUCCGUCUUCUCAAGGAUGUUAUGCCACGCAAGAUCCAGAAAGUUCUCCUUCCAGUCUACAAGAACCGUCAAAACAAGCCACAACUCCGUAUGGCUGCCCUCUGGAGACUGAUGGAAACUCUCCCAGAGGAACCAGUUCUUGCUCACAUCGUUUCUCAAAUGGAGAAGGAAUCCAACCAACACGUUGCUUCUUUCACCUACAACGUCAUCCGUCAAUUCGCUAGAUCCACCAACCCAUGCACUCAACCAUUGACUGUCCGUUGCUCCAAGAUUCUUCUCUUCACCCGUUACCAACCACAAGAACAAAUUCUCUCCACCUACGCCCAGCUCCCAAUCUUCCAAUCUGAGAUGCUCUCCGGAGUUCAAUUCGACUUUGCUACCAUUUUCGUGAAGAACUCUUUCUUGCCGAAAGAAAUUUAUGCUUCAUUCGAGUCUGUUCUUGGAGGAAACUGGAACAAAUACUUUGCUCAAGUUGGAUUCUCCCAACAAAACUUCGAACAAAUCAUCCUCAAGGCCCUCGAGAGACUUUCCCUCUACGGAAAACAAUCCGAUGAACUCCGUUCCCGUCGUGUUCAAUCCGGAAUCCAGAUGCUCCAGGAGAUCGUCAAGAAGAUGAACAUCCGCCCACGUGUCCAACGUACCGAUGAACAAUCUGCUCACGCUGUCUUCUAUCUCCGCUACAAGGAUAUGGACUUUGUUGUUCUUCCACUUGACAUGGAGACCAUUGACAACCUUCUCGAGAAGUACGUCAGAAACGGAGAAUUCGAUAUCAAGUCUGUUCUUACCCUUUUGAACAAUGACUCCAAAUUUGAACUCCACCGUGCUCUUUUCUUCUACGAAGCCGAACGCAGAAUUCCAACCACCAUUGGAGUCCCACUUACCAUCUCCGGAAAGAUGCCAACUGUUGUUUCCCUCACCGGAAAGGCCUCAGUUGAAAUGCAAAGACUUGGAGUCCGUCUGACCUUCGACGUUGUUCCAUCUGUCGCCUCUACCCACAUCACUGAGAUGCGCUUCUGGACCCCAAUUUUCGAAAUUGGAGCCAAAUCUCUUCAAUCCGCCCGUGUUCACACUCCAUUGAGACUUGAGUUGAAUGCUGAGCUCAAGAAGAACACCUUCGAGAUCACCCACAAGUUCGUUGUCCCAGAAAACAAGAAGACCACUGUUGCCGUUCACACUCGCCCAGUCGCUUUCAUUCGUGUGCAAAAAAAUCAAGAAACUGAGUACACUGAAGCCGAGGAGAAGACUAUUUCUCACCCACAAUACCAAUUGGCUUCCGAAGAGAUUAACCGUGAAUACGAAGUUCUCGGACUCAAGAUCAACGCCCAAGGAAAUGUCCUCUCUCAAUGGUCCCUUCCAAAGGUUCUUAUGACUGAGCAAGACUUCGAAUACACUCUUGAGAACAAGAACCGCCCAGCUGAGUUUGUUGCCCGUUUCACUAUCGGAAACUUUGAGAAGACUGAUCUUUCUGAGAUCAAAUUCGACAAGAUCUUCGAAAAGGAAUUUGAUAUGGAGAACAAUGAAUCUGAGAACCGUCGUCAAUAUUUCAACAAGAUGAUCCGUGAGAUCCAAUCUGAACAAGGAUACAAGAACCUCAUCUCCAUGAAAUUCGAGGCCCCACAACAAAUGUACUGGAACCACGAACUCCGCACUGUCUGCGACCAAUACGUCCGCAUGUGCAAGAUUGAGAUGGACUGCCGUCGUUCCCCAGUUGCCGAGGAGACCAAGGAAUGGACUCUUCACACCGAACUUCUUGCUGUCCGCCCACAAAUGCCAUCUUCCCUCCGUCAACUCCGUGAGCAACCACACCGUGAGGUUCAACUUGCUCUCAACGCCAAAUGGGGAUCAUCCAAGAAGAGCGAGAUCACUGUCAAUGCUCAACUUGAACAAUCCAAGGAACAGAAGAAAUACGUCCGCAACAUGGAACGCGAGUUCAACGGAAUCCCAGAAUACGAACUUUUGAUCAAGGCUGCUCGUCUCAACCAAAUCAAUGUUGUCUCCGAGUACAAGCUCACCCAAGAAGCUGAACACACCUUCUCCCGUCUCUUCGACCUCAUCAAGGCUUACAAUUUCUGGACUGUUUCCGAGAAGCGUGUCGAGAAUGAGGAACGUCGUGCUGUUCUUCAACUCACCGUUGAGCCACUUUCCCGCCAAUACAUCAACAUGACCAUCCAAACUCCACAACAACAAGUCGAACUCAAGAAUGUCCGUAUCCCACGUGUCUUCCUUCCAACCAUCGCUCGCCGUGCCAUGUACCAACAAGUCUGGGAAAAGACCGGAGCUUCCUGCAAGGUUGAUCGAUCCGAGAUUUCCACCUUUGACAACGUCAUCUACCGUGCCCCACUCACCACCUGCUUCUCCCUUGUUGCGAAGGACUGCUCUGAGCAACCAACUUUCGCUGUUCUCUCCAAGAAGAUGAACAAGAACUCUGAUGAACUCAUCGUCAAGGUUGUCCGUCGUGAGGAAGAACUUGUUAUCAAAAAGACUAAUGAGGAAUUCGUCGUCAAGGUGGACGGAAAGAAGAUUCAACAAUCAGAAUUCGAGCAAUACGAAAUCGAAGUUCUCGGAGACAACCUGAUUGUCAUCCGUCUUCCACAAGGAGAAGUCCGUUUCGACGGAUACACCAUCAAGACCAACGUUCCAUCUGUUUCUUCCAAGAGCCAACUCUGCGGACUCUGCGGAAACAAUGACGGAGAGAACGACAACGAAUUCAUGACCGCUGACAACUACGAGACUGAAGACGUUGAGGAAUUCCACCGCUCCUACCUUCUCAAAGACGAGGAGUGCGAAGUUGAGAAUGACCGUCUUUCCGAGAAGAUGAACUACAGAAACAAGUGGAACAGAGAAGAGAAGAGACAAGAUUCUCAAUACGAGAUCAACGAAGAUAACGAGGAAUCCGAGAACAAAUCUGUUGAGAAGACCCUCAUCAAGGAAUUCUCCAACCGCGUCUGCUUCUCCCUUGAGCCAGUCACCGAGUGCCGUCGUGGAUUCGAAUCCGAGAAGACUACCUCCAAGAAACUCCGCUUCACCUGCAUGCCACGCCACAGCAAGAACGCCCGUCGUUUCAUGAAGGAGGCCCGUGACCAGACCAUCCUCGACUUGGCUGACUUCCCAGUAUCCUACGUUGAGGCUGUCAAGAUCCCAACUGCCUGCGUCGCCUAUUAG